AUGCUGGAUCUGGAGGUGGUGCCCGAGCGCUCUCUGGGAAACGAGCAAUGGGAAUUCGCGCUGGGAAUGCCUUUGGCUCAGGCGGUGGCCAUUCUUCAGAAGCACUGUCGCAUCAUAAAAAAUGUUCAGGUUCUCUACAGUGAACAGUCUCCUCUAAGCCAUGACCUCAUCCUUAACCUGACUCAGGACGGGAUCAAACUACUGUUUGAUGCUUUCAAUCAGAGACUUAAGGUGAUUGAAGUAUAUGACUUGACUAAAGUAAAGUUAAAAUAUUGUGGCGUGCAUUUUAAUUCUCAAGCCAUAGCUCCCACCAUUGAGCAGAUUGACCAGUCUUUCGGUGCAACCCAUCCUGGAGUGUACAACUCUGCUGAGCAGCUCUUCCACCUCAACUUCAGAGGAUUGUCUUUCUCUUUUCAGCUAGAUUCCUGGACCGAGGCUCCCAAAUAUGAGCCCAAUUUUGCCCAUGGCCUGGCUUCUCUUCAGAUACCCCACGGAGCAACUGUGAAACGAAUGUAUAUCUACAGUGGGAACAGCCUACAGGAUACCAAGGCUCCCAUGAUGCCCUUGAGCUGUUUCCUGGGCAAUGUGUAUGCUGAGAGUGUGGAUGUUCUCCGGGAUGGAACUGGACCCUCAGGUUUACGACUCCGCCUCCUUGCCGCAGGUUGUGGACCUGGCCUGCUAGCAGAUGCCAAGAUGCGGGUAUUUGAACGCUCAGUGUAUUUUGGUGAUUCUUGUCAGGAUGUUCUUAGCAUGCUUGGCUCUCCACACAAGGUCUUCUACAAGUCAGAAGAUAAGAUGAAGAUUCAUUCUCCUUCCCCUCAUAAGCAAGUUCCAUCCAAGUGCAAUGACUACUUUUUUAACUACUUCACUCUCGGAGUGGACAUUCUCUUUGAUGCGAAUACACACAAAGUGAAGAAAUUUGUCCUACAUACCAAUUACCCUGGACAUUAUAAUUUUAAUAUUUAUCACCGCUGUGAGUUCAAGAUCCCCCUAACCGUAAAGAGAGAAAACACAGAGGGUCAGACAGAAACAUGCACAACCUACAGCAAGUGGGACAACAUCCAGGAGCUCCUGGGACACCCUGUGGAGAAGCCUGUGGUCCUGCACAGGUCCUCGUCCCCAAACAACACCAACCCUUUUGGCUCCACGUUCUGCUUUGGUCUUCAGCGGAUGAUCUUUGAGGUCAUGCAGAACAACCACAUUGCCUCGGUGACCCUCUAUGGCCCCCCCAGACCUGGUGCCCACCUGAGAACUGCGGAGCUCCCCUAG